CACUCACUCUCUCUCUCUCUCUCUCUCUCUCUCUCUCUCUCUCUCUCUCUCUCUCUCUCUCUCUCUCUCUCUCUCUCUCUCUCUCUCUCUCUCUCUCUCUCUCUCUCUCUCUCUCUCUCUCCCUCUCUCUCUCUCUCUCUCUCUCUCUCUCUCUCUCUCUCUCUCUCUCUCUCUCUCUCUCUCCCUCUCUCUCUCUCUCUCACUCACUCACUCACUCUCUCUCUCUCUCUCAAUUCGACAGUUUCGGUCUGUUUCUCACAGCAGAUGUUAGUGAGACACGCAAACAUGAGACUCGUUACUUGCAUCUUUAUUUUUCUCACUGUGAUGUGUUUGACGAGCUGCGCGCCGCCGACAUGUUAUUCGCGCGUUCUGGAUCUCAGCAAGGAGAUUAUGGACAUUCUGGAUAAACUUCAUAAAUCUGAUCGCACUAAAACGUGCGCUGAGAUGCUGCCGAAGAUGUUUCUCGACGUGCACAACUCCUGUAUGAUGCCAAAACUGCGUGAUUUCAUGUAUGUGAGUGAGAAUCUGCCCACAGAAUACUGCAGAGAGAGACCUCGCAUCCGACACCUGAAGAGAAAGGUCCAAGCGCUCUACACCAUCAUAAACCGCGUGUGCUAUCGGGAACUGGUGUUUCAUACAGAUGACUGUGAAGCUCUGGAGACGGGACACAGCAGCCCUCGAUACACAGAAGACCGACUGCAACUUCUAGAAGACGACAACUGAGAGACAAACACUAACAAAGCACACAGACAUUUUUCUCAACAUUAAUAUGGAGUGUGUGCGUGCGUGCGCGCGCAUUCCACCAGCAAGCAAAACUUUCCACAGGAAAUCAUUCCACUCCGUCAUUUCAAUAAUGAAACACGAGCUUGACUGCGCACUUACGCUCUUUGACUACACCAGAAGUGAGACGUCAUGACAUGCACAUGCUAACACCUGUAUAACAUAUCAAGGCUCAUGACGUGUUGCUUGAAUGGAUAACAUAGUUAGUCUGUCAUUUUCUUCGUUUUGGGAUGUUUCUUUGUAUGUUUUAUAUAAGCUUUUUUGUAUGUGUAUUCAUUCAACAAAUAAACUGACAGUUUAUA